CUUUUCCAGACUGACACGUUUAGAUGACUUCACCUGUGAAAAAAUAGGAUCUGGCUUCUUUUCUGAAGUGUUCAAGGGCUCUGCCACCUGGCCCAACCCAGCUGCAAGGAAGAUUGCCAGAUUGAAUGUGUCAACUGAGAACAUUGUCAUCUAAGAUGUUGGGCCUGAUCAGGUUUUGACCUUGGCAACGUCAUUUUCUUAGUGCUUCGUCACAGCUUGUUUGAUCUUGUGCUUGUUGGCCUUGACAUCCACAAAUGAACAGAACAAAUGUGUUGUUGUUUUCUAUCUUCUUCAUGGCUGACUCAGUAGUUAGGAGUCAUAGUGUUCAAGCUUGCUUCACCUGGGGACGCUCUUCCAAGGAUAUUUGGGCUGCUUUCAGAGCUGCUGUGUCUUGGGCUGUGGGAAGGUGCGCCACCGAGCUUCUGGUCAGGUGAUGGCUCUUAAGAUGAACACAUUGAGUAGUAACCGGGCAAACAUGCUGAAGGAAAUCCAGCUUAUGAAUAGACUCUCCCACCCCAACAUCCUUAGGUUCAUGGGUGUAUGUGUACAUCAAGGACAAUUGCAUGCACUUACAGAGUAUAUCAACGCUGGAAACCUGGAACAGUUGCUAGACAGUAACCUGUACUUGCCCUGGACUGUGAGGGUGAAACUGGCCUAUGACAUAGCAGUGGGCCUCAGCUAUCUUCACUUCAAAGGCAUUUUCCAUCGGGACCUCACAUCUAAGAACUGCCUGAUAAAGAGGGAUGAAAAUGGUUACUCUGCGGUGGUAGGUGACUUUGGCCUGGCUGAGAAGAUCCCUGAUGUCAGCAUGGGGAGGGAGAAGCUGGCUGUGGUGGGCUCACCCUUCUGGAUGGCACCUGAAGUUCUCCGAGAUGAGCCCUACAAUGAGAAGGCGGACGUAUUCUCCUAUGGUAUCAUCCUCUGUGAGAUCAUCGCCCGUAUCCAGGCUGAUCCGGACUAUCUUCCCCGCACAGAGAACUUCGGGCUGGACUAUGACGCUUUCCAGCACAUGGUGGGAGACUGUCCCCCAGACUUUUUGCAGCUUACCUUCAACUGCUGUAAUAUGGACCCCAAACUGCGCCCAUCCUUUGUGGAGACUGGGAAGAACCUGGAGGAAAUUCUGAACCACCUACAGGAGGAAGAGCUGCAGCCCACUGCUAAGGGACUCCUGGAGAAAGGACCUGGGAUGAAGCGACUGAGCUCACUAGAUGAGAAGAUCCCUCCCAAGUCCCCACGCCCAAGACGUACUAUCUGGCUGUCUCGAAGCCAGUCAGACAUCUUCUCCCAUAAGCCCCCACAUACAGUGAAUGUCUUGGACCCCUACUACCAGCCACGAGGUGGUGCUGCCAGCACCCCCAAAAUCAACCCUUUCAGUGCUCGCCAGGACCUCAAGGGUGGCAAGGUCAAGUUCUUUGACCUGCCCAGCAAGUCUGUUAUUUCCCUGGUAUUUGACCUGGAUGCACCAGGGCCUGGAACUUUGCCUAUGGCUGACUGGCAGGAACCCCUGGCCCCACCUGCUCGCCGGUGGCAUUCUUUGCCUGGUUCACCAGAGUUCUUGCAUCAAGAGGCCUGUCCAUUUGUAGGCCGAGAAGAAUCACUGUCUGAUGGGCCCCCACCACGUCUCAGUAGUCUCAAGUACAAAGUAAGAGAGAUCCCGCCAUUCCGAGCAUCUGCCCUACCAGCUGCUCCAGCCCAUGAAGCCAUGGACUGCUCCAGUUCCCAGGAAGAAAAUGGUUUUGGGCCCAGGCCUCAGGGGGCCAGUCCAUGCCUUGCAGGUGCCUCUGAAGAGAUGGAGGUAGAAGAAAGGCCAAGAGAUUCGGCUCCAGUCCCCUUCUCUGUCUCAGGCAGAGGCCUGAAAACCCAGGGAGAGCAGGAUGGUUGAGGGGUUAAUCCCUGUCUCACCAUGGGGAUGGACCUUCAGCUGAAGCCACAGGGCCCCCUUGGUGCACAGCCUUGACUCUUCCCUGGAGCCCACAGAGCAGGCAGGCUAGGCCAAGUCAGGCUCAACUUUGGGGCUCCAAGUGCCCAGUGACUGUGAGAGGGGAGGCAGCAGUGAGAAGCCUUCCUUGUUGGGGCCAACAGCUGAUUCCAAGCCUCUGAAAUCCUGCAAGGAGCUCUGGCUCCCAGCUGACCCACAAUGCGUUUCUGCAGACAAGACCAGAGGACUCCUAGUUCUAGUUUGAGCUGGCAGACUAUUACCCCAGGUUCUUCUUCCACCCCAGGUCUGUCUCUUGCCCUUCCCCGGGGCAUAUAAGUUACUGGAUGGAACGUGGAGCUGACCAGGAGGCCGAAAAGGGCAUGGCUAUUUCUCAGACCUAAAGACUGGGGUACUUCUUGCCAGUAUGUCUAAGACACUUGAAUAAUUGCUGUUUGCACUUACUGCACAGUCAGACCACGUCACUACAUUUCUAUGCAAGGGGAGGACAAGGCAGCGUGGUGGUCAUGGCUCUUAGCUAACCUCUUCAAAGAUCUUUUCCAAUUCAUUAACCUAUUUUCAUAUUUAUGAAGGGAGUCUUAAUGUUCUGCCCUAUAAGACUUUCAACCUUGUGGUUGGGAGUGGGGCUGGUUUUGUAGGCCCUAGGGCCUGCCCCCAUAUAUUUGUCAACAUGUGAUACACCCAAUUGGUUAAACGGUUUAUACAUGGACUGAUUUUCUUCCUUCCCUGCUAUGGCUGGAGCUACGGGAACAGUCUGUCUUUAUAGAGCCGCAAUAAGAAAUAACCAAAGAUAAAGCUGGUCAAACAUUUUCA